ACGCUUUCGUCGCCUCGAGGAAAAAACCGUCGCAGGAACUUUUCGUUUGCGGAAAGAACGGAAAAAGAACGGAAAAUGAGCGAUCGAGAACGAGAUUGGGAUUUCUAUCUUCGAACCGUAUCGAACAGUGCAAGAGACUCGAGUUUCGCUAACGAUCCAGCCUCCGAUCCUUCUCUUCUUCACGCCGUCAAGAAACUCUGCGAUUUUUGUAGACAAGAAGAGAAAUCCUCUGAGGAUUUGGUCGCUAGGGUUUAUCCUCAUAUCAACAAGCUCUUCCAACGCUCUACUGCUUCCCUCUCUCAACCUACCUCUCCCAACGGAAUUCUCUUACUGGUCAUUCUUCAAUUUUUCCUUGAUUUUGGAGAGGUGGUUCUCCAUGAUGCUGACCCUAGUCUGAGGACAUUUUUCCGUUCAUGUUUGAGCCGUGAGUUCGCAGAUCCUGUUGUUGCAGCUGCAACUCUUGAUUUUCUAAAUGUAAACAAGAACAAACUUCUUUUUUCUUUCCCCAACUUACUACCUCAGUUUUUCCCUUUGCUUCUGAAGCUGAUUGCAUGGAACGGAGAAAAAUUAGAAAAGGCAUUUCUCAAGGUUUUUCCAGGAUUGGUAUCACCUGGAUCAUUUCUCCCCCUAUUUCCAUCUUUAGUAGAUUUGCCAAUCUUGGUUGUCGCAUUGGAAAAGGUAGAACGAAGCUCAGGGUCACUAAUAGGAAGCAGUAUAGCUUCUAUCCAGAAGAGUGCGGCUCCUGAGAUGCUACUUGCACUCAUGGAUGAAGCCUAUACGGGUUCUACCAUUGGAGAUGGAGGAGGAGACUCUGAGUCUGAGGAAAGCAGUACGAUUGAUGUUGCUGAUCCUGUGUUUCUGGAACUUCUUAAGGAUGAAAAUGAUGGUCUUGCUGAACGCCAUUGGACUUCUCCUGGGGUUGCUGCAGUACUACAAGCUGCAACAAAUAGCCCUCAGUCUGAUAGAUUAAAGCAGAUACUCAAUAUCACACCUCGGCUUCUUGAUAUGUAUUUUACUAUAGCUUUGCGCGAUGCAAAUAACUCAUUAAUCUGUGCAUUAAUUCCCAUUCUGAUGGCAAGAAAUUCUACAUUAUUUCCUGACAAGAACUAUAUGUAUGAGGUUCGUAGAAGGCUCCUAGAGUUCAUGCUUGCUUCAUUUCAGCGUUCUCCAGAUUUUAUUGCACUUUUGAAGAAGCCUAUAGUUGACAGACUUGGGGAAGCAUAUGACAGCCCAGAAAAGACAGAAUUGGCGUUACAAUUGUGUUGGGCUGUAGGAGAGCAUGGUGGGGGUGGUGGAUCUCACAAAGAUGCAGCUAGGGAACUUUUUGAAAGUUUAGAGCUACUUUUGUAUGAAAACCUUUCAUCUAGUCGUCUAGGUCUGAGGCAGGAGUCUAUCAACUCUGACAGCAGUAACUUCAGAAAGUCAUCACAGUCGAGGCUUCUGUGUUUUGUUAUCACAGCUAUUGCUAAGCUUGCUACAUAUCACCGUGAACUAUUGCCGAGGGCACGUGUAGCCUUGGGCAAGGUUGCUCGAUCUCGAAUAUCAGAUUCAAGGGUUUGGAGGCGAGCUCGUGAUUAUCUGGGAUUAAUGGAUGACCCUGCUAUCUGUCUGUCUGUCUUGGGACCUUCCAGGCCUUCACAUGGGUACCCACACAAUCCAGGCACCGUCAACUGGAAUGAUGGAGGCACAAAAAUGAUUGCGCAUAUUCCAUUUUACAUUCUUGGUGAGCAGGAAGGUAAGAGACCAUGCCACUUACCCUCCCCCUUGCGUACUAUUUUCUUCUGCUUUUGAACAGAUGAAACCAAUAGGGUUCGGCUCUCUUCCAUUACAAUCUUCGAGUAGCUUUAUUGUUUCGGAUGCAGGUCCACCCUUCCAUGAUUUUUCGUUUCCAGAUAUUCUUCCGAGAAGAAGAUAGCAAUGACCUUAUCCAAUAGAAAGGCAUCUCUGGAGUCCCUAAUUUUAUUGGAGUUUCCAGUUUUUAGAUUCAUCUUGUAAGUUCAUUUUGAUCUUGAUUUUACUGUUAGCACAUUAUGGUGCAUUCAACUGAUGAUGUAUCAUAGAAUCAUAGAACAUAAAUGGUGUAAUUCUACUUCCAAGUUGAAUUCUUUGUAUACAAGGUGAAAAUCAGAGAUAAAAAAUCUGACUUGCUUCA